AUGUCGUUCAUCUUAAGCAAUCCUCAUUCGGCUCCUGGUAGGGCUGAUUUUCUAUUUCCUUCCAGAGCUGCAAGACUAUCAGUACUGCCCGAACGAGAGCAUGAACAUGAACUUGUGGGAGGAUACAACAAUGAUUGUCUAAUCGACCCAGACCACCGCCUCACGCUCCUAUUCAUCAAGGCCUUGGCGACGACAGACUCGUCCCUGCCGGAGUGUAUGUCCAACUUGACGUUAGACUGGCGGUCUGACGAAACCGGUCUGCUCAACCGCGUCGCUAAGAGUCCGGUGGCGGGCUUCAUGCAGUCGAGGCGUGGAUAUGCUGGUCUCCGGCGCGUUGAGAGCCCACGGCUGAAGAUGCGGGACCUGCAAGGCUUCGGGUCGUUUCCGGACUCGUGUUGGUGCCAGCUUGAUAGCAUUUUAACGUUUGCCGACCCCCCGGCUGGCCGUCGGCCUCUUCGGUCACAUGUUGUCCACGAAGACGACCUAAUUUCUAUCCUUGAGCAGGCGUCUGUGUUUGUCUGCCCGCCUGCCUACAGGCCUGCAUACAUGCAGGCCUGCUUGAGGAGGCUGCACUUGAGGCAGGUCCCAAAUGGGGCAGAGGGAGAAGACGCGGGUACGAGGGGUGUACUUGGUGGGAAGUACCAGAUUAACUCCCGCCUCGACCGGCACGUGUCCCACCAGCUCGACCGGACCUCCACGGGACUCGAACUCGGCGCCUCUCAACGGACCUCACACAGUCGCGUAGUAGAUUCUGUGAUAUCUUCAUUCGGAGGCGGCACUCUGAGCAUCCUCAUCCCCUUUCUUGGUAUCUGCCCUCAGGCUCCGCGUCGACUCAUCUCCACCAAUCGCCCACUCAGCCCGAGGACACACACACAUGCACACACACACACACAUGUAACUACCGCAUUCUGGCAUUCUGCUUUUGGAGACGAGUCGGCCGAGACCGGGUGUGGUGGUGAGUCAGUGAAUCUGACUAAAUCCCACAUGGGAAAUUCCAGUGCAUUUGUGCGUCUCUUGGUCUGUGUGCUUGUGUGUCUGCGUCGGUGUGUUUUAGCAUUUGUGUCUGAGUGGCAUUAG